AUGAGUGGCCAUAAGUUCCCCGUUGAUCUCAAGCAGUUCAAGCAGCUGAAGCUGGACCCCAAGUCCACUACGCUGACUGCUGAGCAAAAGAGCGAUCUGCUUCAUAACAUCAAUGUCUUCAGAGAUGCCCUGAUUGCCUUUACGGCAACUGGUGCCGCUCGUGGUGUGUCCGGUCACACUGGAGGCCCCUUCGAUACCGCCCCCGAGGUCUGCGUCCUGCUUGCUUUCAUGAACGCCAACCCCAGCAAGUGGGUUGAUGCUCUCUACGACGAGGCCGGCCACCGUGUCGCCACACAAUAUCUGCUGGCCGCAUUGGACGGCAAGAUUGAGCCCGAUCACCUUCUGAACUACCGUGAGGCCAACUCCCACCUCCCUGGCCACCCUGAGCUUGGCUUCACCCCUGGUGUCAAGUUCAGCUCCGGCCGUCUCGGUCACAUGUGGGGUCUGGUCAACGGUAUCGCCAUGGCCAACAAGGACAAGAACGUUAUCAUGUUGGGCUCCGAUGGCUCCCAGCAGGAAGGAAACGAUGCCGAGGCCGCCCGCCUUGCUGUUGCCCAGAACCUUAAUGUUAAGCUCUUUAUCGAUAACAACGAUGUCACAAUCGCCGGUCACCCCUCAGAGUAUCUUAAGGGCUAUGAAAUUGCCCGUACUCUUGAUGGCCACGGUAUGAAGGUUAUCCGCGCCAAGGGUGAGGACUUGGACUCCCUGUACCCCGCCAUGUGCGAGGUUAUCAACUACAACGGUCCCGCCGCCGUUGUCGUCGACCGCACUAUGGCCGCUGGCAUUGAGGGCAUUGAGGGUGAAUGCCACGCUCACGAUGUCAUCACUGUCGAUAUUGCCCGCAAGUACCUUACCAAGCGUGGGUACAGCAAGGAGCAGCUCGCUUUCUACGAUGAGAUCAAGCCCGGCACCAACCCUCACACCUACAAGGGUUGCUCCAAGGACAAAGGCGGCAACCGUACCAUUUUCGGUGAUGCAGUCAACGGCAUUCUUGACGGUCUUAGCAAGGAAGAGGCCAAGGCCCGCGUUAUGGUCAUUGACUCUGACUUGGCUGGCUCAACUGGUCUCAAGGCCAUCGGUGCCAAGCACCCCGAGUCCUUCGUCGCCUCCGGUGUCAUGGAGCGCGGCAACUUUUCCGCUGCCGCCGGUUUCGGUUUCGGUAGUGACGGCAAGCGCCAGGGUGUCUUCUCUACCUUCUCCGCUUUCCUGGAGAUGUGUAUCUCUGAGAUUACCAUGGCCCGUCUGAACGACUGCACCGUCCUCUCCCACUUCUCCCACAGCGGUGUCGACGAGAUGGCCGACAACACCUGCCACUUCGGUCUGAACCACUUCUUUGCUGACAACGGCCUCAUGGAUGCUCCCAUGACCUCCCUAUACUUCCCGGCCGACGGUGAGCAGAUGAAGGCCGUCGUCAACGAGGUCUUCUGGAACAAGGGCAUGCGUUUCAUCUUCUCCACCCGCUCCAAGGUCCCCUACAUCCUGAAGGAGGGUACCGACCAGAAGCUCUUCGGCGAGGGCUACAAGUUUGUCCCCGGCAAGGAAGAGAUCAUCCGCAAGGGUUCCGCCGGUUACAUCGUGUCCUACGGUGACAUGCUCUACCGCUCCCUCGAUGCAGUCGAGAACCUGCGCGAGCAGGGUAUGGAUGUCGGUUUGAUCAACAAGCCCACUCUCAACAUCGUCGACGAGGACACCAUCAAGGUCUACGGAUCUUCGCCCUUCGUCCUAGUUGUCGAGUCGAUUGCUCAGAAGACCGGUCUCGGCUCCCGCCUUGGUACCCAGCUCCUCGAGCGCAAGCUCACCCCCAAGUUCAAGUCCAUCGGUGCCAUCAAGGAGGGAUGCGGUGGUCUGUACGAGCAGAUCAAUGGCCAGGGUCUUGGUCCCGCCGAUAUCAUCGCCGCUGUCAAGGAGGUCUCCGGCAACUAA